AGCGCGCACGAGGUGGCCAGCCAGCGUCCUGCACACGACUAACAACCCUUGCUAAAAUGUCGACAGAAUCAAAAUCCAAGAAGAUAGACGACCUAAGGGUUGUGGAUUUAAGGAUCGAGUUAGAGAAGAGAGGACUGGAUAAAACUGGAAUUAAAGCAGUGUUGAUGGAACGUCUGAGGAAGGCUCUUGAAGAUGAUGGAGUUAACCCAGAUGAACAUGAGUUCGAGAAUGUUCUUCCCACUACCCCAGCUAAACCAAACCGCAAAUCUGCUGAUGGUGAAGGUGAAGAAGAAGUGACAAAUCUCACAAAUGGUGACUCAGGAAACACAAAGGAGGAUGAGGAAGAGGAUGACCAGGAAGAGGCCAAAGAGACAGAGGAAUCCAAGGAAGAUGACAGUAAGGAAGAGCAGAAGUCUGUGAAGGAAGAAAAUGAAGAGGAGACUAAGGAGGAGGAGGAGGAGGAAGAGGAGAAGGUCCAGUUAGAGGAACCCAAAGAAGUAAAGGAGAAGACAAGUGAGGAAGAAGUUGGACAGGGUGAUGAAGAGGAUGCUCGCAACAUGGAGGAUGACUCGAUCAACCUUAUGCUUGAAGAUGAAGACAAAAUGCUUGAAGAUGAAAUGACUUUCAAUGACUCAGAACGUAUGGACCAGGACGAUUCAUCAAAUGCAGAUGGUAAAGAGCGAUCACACACCAAGGAGGGCAGUUCCACAACCCACGCCAGCGCAGACUCCACCAUGGGGAAGAAGGACACCUCCGACAACGAUUCACAGGAUAAGAAAGAAUGCGAUAAGCCCAAGAGCACUGGGGAGGAAAAGGGGAAAGAUGACAAGCCAAAGGAUGACAAGGAUCACAAGAACAAGAGUAGCAGUGGGAGCAGUAGCAGCAGUAGUGGAAGGAACCUGUGGGUCAGUGGCCUGGCCUCCUCAACAAGGGCACAGGAUCUCAAGUCUGUUUUCUCCAAGUAUGGCAAGGUGAUGAGUGCAAAGAUUGUGACUAAUGCAAAGACUCCAGGAGCAAAGUGCUAUGGUUUUGUUACCAUGAUGAGUAGUGAUGAUGCUGUCAACUGUAUCUCCCAGCUCAACCACACAGAACUUCAUGGUCGCAUGAUCCAAGUGGAAAAGGCUAAAGGAGAACCUGGCGGUCCAACAAGAAACAAAGCUUCGUCGUCGUCAUCAUCAUCCAACCGUAAGCCAUCAGACUCGAAGAAGGAUUCAAGUAGUGACAAGAAGAAAGAAGGUGAAAAAAAAGAUGGUGAUAAAAAAGAUGUGAAUGGUGAGAAGAAGGAAGGUGUAGAUGAGAAGGGUGCUAAAGAGGGCGAGAAGAAAGAUGAGAGAAGGUCACAUUCAAAAGAUGCAAGUAGAAGUAGUAAAGAUCGUGAUCGACGAGGUACAAGAAAUAACAGGCCCUUUGAUAGGCGACCGGAUAAUUACAAGGGUCACCAACGUGGAGGAAGAAAUGAAGUCCUUAGUUUCAAACAGCAGAUUAUGGAGGAACGUGAACGGCAACGCAUACGUGCCCGUGAGAGGAUAAUGCGAGAAGAGGAGAGGAGGAGGAGAGAGGAUGAAGUCAGACAACGCAACAUUGAGAGACGUCAGCGGGAAGAGGCAGAGAGACUACAAAGGGAGAGAGAGAAGCUGCGUAUAGAAAGAGAAAAAAUUGAAAGACAAAAGCACGAGCUCUUGCGCUUAGAGAGAGAACACCAGCGAAUGGAGCGGGAAAAACUAGAGCGCGAGAGAGAAGAACUACGACGACAACAAAUGAGUAGACUCCGGUAUGAGGAGACUCGGCGUAGCAUCAAGCGUCCGGCUGAAGAUCGUGAUAGAAGGGACUUCUUUGAGGAUCGUAAGAGACCAACUCCAGACAGCAGAUCACGUUUUGAUGAUGCUCCAGCACCUCAGCGCAGAUAUAAUGAAGAUCGAAGCUAUGAACGAGGAAAUGACCCUACACGUUUCGAACGGGGUGGUCAUGGUAACCACGGAAGCCAUACUGGUCACGGUAGUCAUGGUGGUGGGGCCCGAGAAGAUCUCCGUGCAUCCUCUGGUGUUGGCGGUGGUGCUAGUCGCUAUGACGAUCGACGAGACAUAAGGGAGCGUGACGAUAGGCGGCAAGUCGAUAGGUCUGGACCACGGGAUGAUCGAGAUCAUAGGGGACCACUUCCCCCUCAGGCUUCACGAGACAGACCAAGGGAAAGGUACAGUGGUAGUGGUCUGGGCAGCAGCGGCGGAGGUGAUGCAUGGAGGACUGGCGGGGGUAUGAGCGAUAGUAAGGGCAACUAUGGGAGCAGCUCGGCCAUGAUGGGGGGCAGUAUGGGCACCACGGGGCUCUCAGUGCGAGGGGGGGACUCUCAGGGCUGGAGAACCUCGAGCAGCAGCAGUGAUAGAUGGGGAAGUAGCAGUGGUCCAAAUAUGGGUGGCCGUGGAGGUAGUGGAAGCAUGGGAAGUCUUGGUAUGUCUGAAAUGCUCAGUCACGUUACCCAGACUGGCAUGAGCCAGAUGCCUCUUCCCAUGAUGUCACAAAAUGAGAGAUUCCCCAUGUCAAGUUUUCGUAAAUAUCAAUAAUUUCUAACUGAUGGUGAUGGAAGUAGCUGUGUGCUUCCACCUUAAGUUGUAUCUGACAGGUAGGAAUAAUUAGUUUUAAGAUCUUCAUGCAGUGGUCAUAGUAAUUGUUUUGUUUCAAUUUUGUCUUCAUGUACACUUCUUGGAUAUUCAGUAAUUCUAAUUCUUGUAUAUCUGACUUUUUUUUUCUAGUCAUUUAUCACAAGAUUAAUAAUUGAUCAGAUAUUAUCCAAGUGUGGGCAUUAUGGCUUACUCCUGUACAUAACUACUUUCAAUCAUAAGUUUUAAGAAAUAUGAUAGUGUAUUGCUGUACAACCACACAUUUUUUUUUUCAUGAAUCAUAAAUCAUUUCUUUUCACAUCUGAAGGAAUUUACUGAAUUUCACUGUACAGAAGCCCUGUUAAAUAAUUUUUUGUAUUCUUUUACUUUAUGCCAUUUGAGAGUAUUGUUUUAGGAAUGAGAAAUAUUACCACCAUAGAAGAAACUGUGGUAAAACUUGGAAGUACAUAAAAGUGAAGUGACUAGUAAGCAUCUACUAUAACUAAGCUGUCCCAUCUGUGUGAAUAUUUGUAAGACAACAAAUGUGAUGAGAUUAAUAUGUGAAUUGUAUAAGGUUCAAAUCAGUCUGAUUAAAUAUUUCCGAUUUUUAUUUUGGAGGUACAUAAAUAUUUUUUCAUUGAACAUUCCCAAUGUUUGUGUGUACCUGAAUAAAGUGUGUAUCUGGAA